AUGUCAACAUCACUUGCUGAAUCUCUUGCAUUUAUUGCUCAAGAAAUGUGCAUUUAUUUUGGUAUUCCUCUACUCAUUGUCGGUACACUUGGGGGACUUCUCAAUGUCAUUGUAUUUCUAAGUCUUCGAACGUUUCGACAAAGUUCAUGUGCAUUCUACUUAACAAUCAUGUCAAUUGUCAAUGUUGGUCAGUUAAUAACAGGCCUCUUAGCUCGUAUAAUGAUCACCGGCUUUGGUAUUGAUUGGACACAAACUUCAUUAAUCUUCUGUAAAUUACGAUAUUUUCUUUUUCCAAUUGCUGCAUUAAUCUCAUUUACAAGUAUUACAUUGGCGACAAUUGAUCAAUACUUUGCAACUUGUUUUCGUCCUCGCUGGCAACAAUGGAGUAAUAUUCAAGUGGCUCAUCGUCUAACGGCAGUAUCUAGUAUCAUAUGGAUUCUACAUGGAAUUCCAUAUUUGAUCUUUUUCAAUCAAAAUCUUUCGCCUACUACAGGCAAAGCCACUUGUGCAUCUCAAAACAAUAUCUUUUUACAAUAUCGUACUUAUUUUGUCACUCUUGUCCUUACAGGUGUUCUUCCUGUUAUCAUUACAAUCUUGUUCGGAUUCUUGGCAUAUUAUAAUGU